AUGGAUCCAGUGACUGAAGCCGAAUUGAAACAACUUCGCUACAUCAUGCCUGCCUAUCCAAAAUUAAAGCCAAAAAUGGCAGAAGAUCAUCCUAGAGAUCCCAAAGGCAGUGCUAGUGGAACGAAAGAUGUUCAUGGCAACGAAAUCGAAGAGAGGAUGAAGAAGAAAAUGAAGACGAUAACCAAUGAUGAUGAAACAGAAGACGACAACAGUGGUACUGAUGAUACUGAUGAUGAUGAUAAUGAUGAUAACAAUAAUCAACAAGGGGGAGAAAGUGCUGAAGAAGAAGAACCAGAAGAUAGCCACACUAUCUUGCAACCGAAUCUUCCUCACGACAAAACUCUUAAGCAAUUGGUGAAAAGAGUUUCUGAUCUUGAAGAGAGUUCAAACAAAGUCGCUAGGCAGCAACACGAGAUUAAGCAUUCUCAUUACAGCCUCAAGGAACGUGUUGACCUAGCUUGUACCAAGAUUGACACUUAUCAAGACAAUUCCUAUCAACUUGGUGAAUAUGCUCUUCAAAUUCUGGGAUAUGCUCAAGACAUCCUGCUUGCAAUCAGCCAAAUCCCCUCUGUACCUCCUACUGCCUGCGCUGAUGAUGCCAAAAAGGGGGAAAAAUAG